AUGGAAGCAGCUGACGCGGACCAUCUGCUGCCAAAGCGGCGCGAGUCCCGACGCUUGUCACUCGCGUCGGACGUGAGCGACAUCUUUGCAGAUGCUGCAGAGCAUGCAGACACACUGGACAAGGCCCAGCAACCUCAAGUUGCUUCAAGUGUGCAGGCCCUGCUAGGCUCCUUGGAAUCUUUGGCUGAGGCGGCUUCACAGCUGAUCCUCGCGAGUGAAGUUGAGGAGGCUGUUCAGCUGCUCGAGCAAGCCUUUGCGGAUGUGGAGUCCGACGACCAAAUGGAUGAGGUGGCUCUGGCAAGGGUCGGCGUGCAAGUGCUCUUGUGUGCCGGGCUGUCGCAGGCUGCGCGGCAUCCGGAAGCACUGGAUGUGGCUCAAAACGCCUCGGAGGCGGCCGAUUUCGUCGUGUCCGAGCUCUACGAGAAGGCUCCGCUCUCUCCCCGCGUCCAGGCGAGACAGUGCCAGGCUCUGGAGCUGGAGUACACAGGGCCUAGGGGUGCGAGCAAGAUGGAGUUCUGGGAACGCUUGCGGCAGCUGCACGAGCAGAGUCUUUCGCUAGCCCAGGCAUUGCCACACCACAGUUCUGUUCGGCUGCGGGCGGCCCAGGCCAAACGUGAAUGGCAGAUCCGAGCUGCGGAAGCAACCUUGCCGAAAGCUCCGCUGGCAUCCUCGAGUUCGGGCCAGAACAGCUCCUUGCAGGUCUGGCGGUCAAUCCUUGGGCCCCCGCCGAAAUGUGCCAUACGAAGGUCAGAUGCUGGAGCUGGCCUGCCGAAGCACCAGCGCAUGCACCUAGGAAUUCCGCCUCCUGUGGACCUGGAGUUCGAGCGCCUGCGGAGGCGCGGGACUGUUGGCGACUCACGGCCCGGAAGCAUGGAGACCCUGAGUUCAGCUUCGCUGACGUCCACAGACAAGGGCCUCGAGGAAUCGGCCUCCGCCCCGCAGCUCGGGAGCUGGUCUCCUUCUGAGACAUGCAGCAGCAUGGGUGGCAAGCCUUGGAGCAAGCAUCCCUUGCCUGCUGGUGACCUUUACGUCUGCACAUCGCCACGGCGAGCACAGCUCCCUCGUACCCCCAACUGGGCAUCUACGAGGCGAGUUCCAGUUCUAUUCUCCGUGCAGGGUACCAGAGGCAAGGCGUCCUGGGCCUUGAGGAGCUCCAAGAAGAAGAACCGGGACGUCAACGACGACAAGCGAAUGAAUGCCUUCGAGGAUUGGCGCAAGAAUGGUUCGGGUCCAAAGAUGCGACUCAUUGAUCAGGUAUUGCAGACAGACAGUGGAAUUCAGCAUUUCCAAGAGAAUCUCAAAUCGCAGAGUUACAGGUUCAAAAACUUCUGGCUGAAGGACAUGGUCACGGAGGAUGAUUUGUUCAGCGACCGAACGUUCUUCUCCUCGGAGGGUCUUCGGGUUCUGAAGAAGAAUCCGCAGCGGCAGCAGCGAGCCACUUCACCCAUCAAGUCCAAGGCCAAGCAGCUCUUCCAGCAUUACGAUGUUCCCUGCCCGAACAUCAGCGACUUAUCUGGGCUGCACAGUGAAGUGAAAGGGUACUCGGAAUUGCUGGAGCGGUCGCAGGAGAAGGCAUCUAGCUUGGGCGUGCAGACUUACGUCAGGAAAGGAGGUCGCCGAAUGAGCAUAAACCAGUUCGAUGCCCUCAAGGACAUCUUGACAAAGCAUCGUCGGUUCCGAGAAGACGCCUCUGCCGUGAUUUCCGUCAUCCUGGCCGCCUUUAGCCAGUUGACGGGCAAGUCUAGGGAGACUGUGGCCCCGACAGAUGCUGCAGAAUUCGUUCGCUUUUGCGUCGCCUUCCGAAUCCACUGUUACUUCGAAGUCAGCCUGAUCCCGCAAGUUGGCCCAAGCGCUGGCAGGCCCUCGGUGGUUUUCGUUCUCGGCGGCCCGGGAGCUGGCAAAGGCACCCAGUGCGCGCGGAUCAGCGAGACCUUCGGGUACCGCCACUUGAGUGCUGGAGACCUGCUUCGCGAGGAGCGAAGUCGACCCGGCUCCGAGUAUGGUGAGCUCAUAGAGAGCUACAUCAAGGAGGGGCAGCUGGUUCCGGUCGAGAUUACCGUGAAGCUUCUCAAGCAGGCGAUGGAGAAGCACGGCUGGGCACAGGGCAAGUUCCUCAUAGAUGGCUUCCCACGCAGUUUCGACAACAUGGACGGUUGGGACAAGGUGAUUGGAGAUUCCGUGGAAGUCCAAUUUGCUCUGUUCUUCGACUGCUCGGAAGCCGUCAUGGAGGCACGCAUCCUGGAGCGAGGGAAGACGAGCGGAAGGGCCGACGACAAUGCCGAAGCCAUUCGUAAACGGCUGAGGACGUUUAAGCAGCCGACGCGGCCCGAGAGGGAAGGCAGAGCGUUCGCAGACCUCCGUUUGUCUGCUGCGGGCUGGCGAUACUCGGGGGCCCCUGGCGCAGGGGCCCGGCGCAGUCCAGUCAUGGGCAGCUGCUGCUGUAGCCGCGACGAUGAAGCCAAAGCUGAGCAAAAGUUCGACAAGGGUGGCGAGAAGGACGUCUCGGGAGGUCCGGUGAAGAAUCGCCACUGCACGGAUAUUCUUUGCUGCAUCAUCUUCGUGUUGCACUGGUUUGGCUUCGCAGCGAUCGUGUUUGCUGGAUAUGCGGAUGGGAAUCCUUCGAAACUGUACUUGCCGCGCGAUUUCAAAGGCGACUAUUGCGAUCUUGAAGAGUACCAGGGAGUGAAGAAGCUCCUUAGGACACUCAACGUAUCUGCGACUGUGGACGAGGUUGCGAAACAGCUGAUCUGUUCCACAGCAGCGGAGAACGCUUUGGUCACCAUUCUUUCAAGCGCCGACCUGGAUGACUACCGAUGUGCCUGCUGCAAGCUACCCUGCGCCAGCUGUCAAGCCAGCUUGGGCCUACAAGAUAUUGAGGAUCCAGCGACCGCAGCGAGCUCCAUCGGUUCAAGGAUGUCGGAGUUCACAGAUCCCAGCAAAGCCGCGUCGCUUUUCUCGUCGGGCAGCGCGAACGCGGUGUCCUUUGAUGCAGAAGCGAUUUGGGGUGAGAUGACCAAAUUCAUGGUUGCCGUUUGCUUGAAUCAGACAUCCUGCGCCGCGCCGACGGUUAAUGACUCCUCAGUUCCAGGUCUCCGCAGCUACGUCUACUCACCAACACCCACGGCAUCCUGGAAGUUUGCCUGGGAUACUUUAGCCAGGAACCCCUCGGUGCCAGCGAGCCUGCAGGACACAAUCAACAAUGAGUUCACGUUCACGGCUCUGCCGUUGGAGGUCUGCCCGUACCAUGAGAGAUACUGCAUUCCCUUCCCUGGUGUCGCCUUCGGAGAUGCUCCCUUCGACCGGUGUAUGCCCAAAGUCGACACGGGAGUCGCUGCUGUCCUGGGCGAUGCUCUGACCUCCACUCUGGAAGGCGCUGGGGAGCAGGCGAUGCGGAUCCUUGAGAGCCAGGCUGGCAUCUUUAGCGAGUUGAUGGCCACCAUGGAUGCCUUCCUUGUGGUUGGCUUCUUCUCCUUCAUACUUGGUCUCGUCUUUUUGGCCUCGCUCCGCUUUCUGGUUGGUGUUGUCGUCUGGUGCUCGAUAUUCCUGGUAACAGCAGCUUUAGCCUUUGGAGGACUCGUGGUCUUCAUCCGGAGCUUCCAAUGUCAAGGUGCCGGCCUCCUUGAGACGGGGCUGGAAACCAGCUCGGCCUUGGUCUCGACAGCCGUGGUGGCAGUCUCCAACGCCGUGUCUGGCACGGUGGCACGCAGUGAAGUGCUUUCCGGGAAUGGCAGCGACUACCGCGGCGCCCAGCGCUUCACCAGGAGCCUUUACACGUGCCAGCGUUGGGACCACGACACCCCCCACAACAUCAGCUAUGACUUGGCUGCGUACCCGGAGCUCGAAGAGAAUUUCUGUCGUAACCCAGAUGGGGCAGCCACGACGAUCUGGUGCUUUACGACGGACAAGAACAAGAAGUGGGAGCUUUGCAAUCCGGUUGGCGUAACCCUCGGAGAGUGCAGCAAGGGAUUCGCGAUUGAGGAUACUGGCAUCCGUGAGUUUGUCCGGGUCUUGGCCUACAUCAUUUGGGGUUUGGGUGUGAUAUGGAUCAUUGCCGUCUGCUUCCUGCAGAAGCGAAUUCGGCUAGCUAUUGGCGUCAACAAAGUAGCUGCAUCAUUCGUGGCCAGCAACCCAACAAUUCUGACAGUUCCAAUUGUCCAGAUCCUCAUUGGCUUCGCUUGGAUUCUGAUCUGGAUUGUGUGUGCAUCUUUCCUUCUCUCCCAAGUCCCCGCAGAUUAUACGCCAACUGACGCGUUUGCGACAUAUGAAGAAGCGUGGGGAAACGACACAACGCCCGGGCUUUGCACGGACAAGUGGCCACAAAGCACCGUUUGGAAGUACGAGGGGAACGUCAGCUCGGCCAACGACACUUGCACCGGGGCCUUUGGAGACACGACGGGCCUGGUGCAGGGCACUCAGAGCGCAAUGAGAGCCGAGAGCUAUGCGAACUUCCCAAAACUUCCUGUUUUCCUGGAAGGGGUGCGGAGGAGGCUGUUUCGCACCAUUUUCUGGGGCCCCUGCUCAUGGUUCUUUACCAUCGACGAGAGGCGUGGCAAGGACCGGCUUCGACUCUUCCUUACUCGUCCUCUACCGUGGAGUUGCGAUUCCGGCACGUUGCAGGAGCCGGUAAUCCGAGGAUCUCAGCGCUUGCAUCUAGGCAGCCUGGGGUGCAAGUGCGACGACUUAGGAGCCUUUAUCCUGGCCUUGGUGCAGUUCAUCAGGUAUCUCUGCAAGUACUUCGAGAAGCAGGCGGCGGCUCAAAAGAAUCGAGUCAUGGUGAUCGUCCUUAAAGUUCUUGGAUGCAUUAUUUGGUGCGUUGAGAAGUGCAUCAAAUUCCUCAACAAGAACGCGUACAUCCAGGCAGUGCUGAGGCAGAUGAGCAGCAACACAAGGGCAUCCAAUCUAAGUAUUCGUUUCCGUUGCAAGCUGUUCAUGCUGAAGUGUACUGCGGAGAGGGUGCACAUGUUCAUGUUCACAGAUUCGCACAUGAGACUGCAUGAAUUGGCUCACAUCACGGUCGUGCAGGUCGCCCUCAUGGGCACCAACUUCUGUACGAAUGCUUUCCAACUGAUCAUUCGCAACAUGUUCCGCUUCGGUGUCGUCGCCAUUCUUGGCACGGUGAUCCACUACAUCGGCUGGACGGUCAUCUUCGUGGGGACCACCGUUAUCGGCUACUUUGUUUUCGAUGCAUUCCAUCCAAGCGAAGAUCCGCUUCUGCCGCUCCUGACAUAUGCAGCCACCGGGUACAUCGUUGCCUCCUGUCCUGAAAGCUUUAUCGAACACGUGUCAUCGUCGCCUGGACUCUUAAGCAUUCGAGCUUCCGGGGCUAUCGACUCCCGGGGAGUCAUUCUCAGAGAGGCACACCUGUACAUGAACGUCUUCGGUCUGGCGGUCGACACUUCGCUCCAGUGUUUCAUUGCCGCAGAGGAGAUGGGCUGCGCAGAGGAGUAUGUGCCUGGACCCCUGAAAUCUCUGGUCGAUUCGAACCCGGGAAAGAAGAAGUGGAAGAUGUUCGGCUCCAGCAAGGCUCGGUGUCUCGAGCUAAGUCGAGCCGGAGGCAGUCCCGGCCUGAUGAAAGCUAAGCUUCGAAGCUUCAGGCUCAACCUCAAGUUGUUCAAGGUGGAUCCCACCAGUCCGCGUAGGACUCUGAAUUUCAACUGCAAGAUCUGGAGCGGGGGAGAUGUUGAGGAGUCCGUGCCCGUCGCCGAGCACCUGAAAUCGAAAGGGCUCUUGCGGCAGGUUCAGUGCGAGAAGGCCGUAGAAGAGGUUUGGAAAGACGUCCGAGGACUUUUCGGUCCAAGUGUCGUCUUCGUUCUCGGUGGUCCUGGUGCCGGCAAAGGCACGCUCUGCUCGCAGAUUGUCCAGGCGUGUGGUUAUCAGCAUCUCAGCGCCGGUGAUCUUCUGAGAGAGGAGCGUAAAAGACCCGGCUCCCAGACGGGUGAGCUCAUCGAGAACCACAUCAAGGAAGGGAAGCUGGUGCCUGCCAGCAUUACGGUGGAGCUCAUCCUCAAGGCCAUGCGAGAAAAAGGUUGGGGAGGCGGCAAGUACCUUAUCGAUGGCUUCCCCAGGAGCUUCGACAAUUUGGCAGCUUGGGAGCAAAUGGCGGGAGACCAGGUGUUGGUGAAGUUUGUGCUCUACCUGGACGUGUGCGAGCAAGUCAUGGAGGCACGGCUUCUGGAGCGAGGAAAGACAAGUGGCCGUGCAGAUGACAACAUCGAGUCCAUUCGGAAAAGGUUCCUGACCUUCCACCAGGAGUCGAGACCGGUGGUGGAAAAGUUCCAAGCAGAUGGCCGUGUCGUCAGGAUAGAUGCCGAGCAACACCGAGAUGACGUUUGGCGAAAUGUCCAGGCACUCUUCGGUCCAAGUGUCGUCUUCGUCUUGGGUGGACCUGGUUCCGGAAAGGGCACGCAGUGCACGAAGAUAGCCGAAAGCUUCGGCUAUGUGCACCUCAGCGCAGGUGACCUACUUCGAGAGGAGAGGGCUCGUGAAGGCUCGGAGUACGGUGAGCUGAUCAACUCCUACAUCAAGGAUGGAAAGCUCGUUCCAGUGGAGAUUACGAUCGAGCUGAUCAAGCAGGCUAUGGUGAAGUUUGGCUGGGAGGGUGGAAGGUACUUGAUUGACGGGUUUCCCAGAAGUUUCGACAACUUGAAAGGCUGGGAGAAUGUGAUCGGCAACACAGUGCGGGUGAAGUUUGUGCUCUUCUUCGAUGCCUCAGAGGAGACGAUGCAGGUGCGGUUGGUGGAAAGAGGGAAAACAAGUGGAAGGGCGGAUGACAAUAUGGAGUCCAUCAAAAAGCGCUUCGUAACCUUCCAGCAGGAGUCGAUGCCUGUGGUGGAGAGUUACCGGCUUCAGGGCUUGGUCCGGCGCAUCGACGCAGAGCAGAGUUCCGAGAAGGUCUGGAGCGAUGUGCAAAGGAACUUUGGGCCUCAAGUGAUCUUUGUGCUGGGUGGACCCGGGGCUGGCAAAGGAACACAGUGUGCUCGCAUCGCAGCGAACUUCGGAUUCCAGCACCUGUCAGCUGGAGACUUGCUGCGCGAGGAGAGAAAGAGGCCCGGAUCAGAGCUGGGCGAGUUGAUUGAGAGCCACAUCAAGGAGGGCAAACUGGUCCCUGUAUCCGUUGUGGUGCGUCUACUGCAGAAGGCCAUGGAGGAACGAGGAUGGGAGGACGGCAAGUACCUCAUCGAUGGCUUUCCGAGGAGCGCUGAGAACAUGCAGGGCUGGAACGAUAUGAUCGGUCCCAAG